GAUGCGGGAAGCGUCUUUCCUGGGCCGGAAGGCCCAAUCUUGGACGGCAAUUCUCCGGGUUAUUCGCCCAGUGUUUGAGAGCACAGCCCGUUGCUGACCAGCAGCAGCUGGUGCUUGCGGAUCCCAAGCCGGAAGUUGAUGAUGACAUGCCUUUGGCAGCGCUGGUUCAGGUUUCAUGUGAACAGCCGGUGGCAUUGUCGAACGAUGAUGUCAUGAUGUCUCCUGGCCCGCACGACCCCAGUGCAACUUCUGCUUCUUCUUUGUCUUCGUCUUCGUUGGACGAUCUUCAACCUCCUGUGGAAGAAGAUGCAAAUGCGGACGCUGACCUGGGCCCACCGCCACCUGCAGUGCCAGUGCCUGAUGAUCGUCCAGCCCCCCCAGAGCCAGUUGAAGCUGGUGUGCGUCCGGGUGCAGAAGCUGCUCCUGCCAACCCACGACAUCCUCCAGCAGCCCCACGUCAUCAUGUCCUCUUCUGGGAGGAUGUGACAUGCCCUGGCUGCAAUAGAACUUGUGGCCAAUUCAAGUUCAGUCCUGGCCCUGGCAGACGUGAGGGGUCAGAUCCACCAACGUGGAUCAUUCGUGUGAGAGAAGAAGAUGGAAGCUGGCCAAGCAAGGGGCGUUGUUUCCACCGCAGAGUCGCCCACCUUGUCCCAGAGGAAAAUCCCAAGGCCUGGAUCCCCGAGAACAAACGCUGCUGUCGGCGUUUGAGUUAA